AUGAAUCUUCACGGAGGGGACCAGGAUGAAGAGGAUGGGCCAGGCGCAUCGUCUCCGAUCGAAUUUUUUGUGCCCUUGGCCGGGCGAUUUGCUGACCGAGAUCGUGUGAUGGACAAUGGCCAGGGCAAGAAGGAGGUUGAAAAAAAGACAAGGGAGCGACGCGACCAUGAUAAGAAGAAUCAGAACAUACCAAAUGUCACUCCAGCGAGAUGA